CCCACCCAGCUCCUCUUCCUCGGUGAGGCGCUCCUCCAGCAGGCAGGCAGGCAGCAUGGCGGCCGUGGAGGCGCGCGUGUGCGAGACGGACGGCUGCAGCAGCGAGGCCAAGCUCCAGUGUCCCACCUGCAUCAAGCUGGGUAUCCAGGGCUCGUACUUCUGCUCGCAGGAAUGUUUUAAAGGAAGCUGGGCUACUCACAAGUUACUACAUAAGAAAGCAAAGGAUGAAAAAGCAAAACGAGAAGUGUCUUCCUGGUCUAUGGAGGGUGAUAUUAACACUGAUCCAUGGGCAGGUUACCGAUAUACUGGUAAACUCAGACCACACUAUCCACUGAUGCCAACAAGGCCAGUGCCAAGUUAUAUUCAGAGACCAGAUUAUGCUGAUCAUCCCCUAGGUAUGUCUGAAUCUGAACAGGCUCUUAAAGGCACUUCUCAAAUUAAAUUGCUCUCAGCUGAAGAUAUAGAAGGGAUGCGACUUGUGUGUAGGCUUGCUAGAGAAGUUUUGGACAUUGCUGCAGGGAUGAUCAAACCAGGCGUUACUACUGAGGAAAUAGAUCACGCUGUGCACUUAGCCUGCAUUGCAAGAAAUUGCUAUCCUUCUCCCUUGAAUUAUUAUAACUUCCCAAAGUCUUGUUGUACCUCAGUGAAUGAAGUCAUCUGCCAUGGAAUUCCAGACAGACGGCCCUUGCAAGAAGGUGAUAUUGUUAAUGUGGACAUCACCUUGUAUCGCAAUGGUUACCACGGGGACCUGAAUGAGACCUUUUUUGUUGGUGAAGUGGAUGAGGGAGCACGGAAGCUUGUUCAGACCACCUAUGAGUGUCUAAUGCAAGCCAUCGAUGCAGUGAAACCUGGUGUCCGAUACAGAGAACUGGGAAACAUUAUUCAGAAACAUGCCCAAGCAAAUGGGUUUUCUGUUGUACGAAGCUACUGUGGGCAUGGGAUCCACAAACUCUUCCAUACAGCCCCCAAUGUCCCUCAUUAUGCCAAAAAUAAAGCAGUUGGAGUCAUGAAGUCGGGCCAUGUGUUUACAAUUGAGCCAAUGAUUUGUGAAGGUGGAUGGCAGGAUGAAACCUGGCCCGACGGUUGGACUGCAGUGACGAGAGACGGAAAGCGCUCUGCUCAGUUUGAGCACACGCUGCUGGUCACAGACACUGGCUGUGAGAUCCUGACCCGUCGCCCCGACAGUGCGCGGCCUCACUUCAUGUCCCAGUUCUAGCUCCUCGCAACAUGACAUCCAACAGCUCUGUAACACACUCUUACUGUACUGUGCAUUUUAUUGAAAGUACAGAAGGAAGAGGAAAUUUUUUUACAACUAGUUUUGUUUUGACAAUAGAUUUAAAAAAAAAAAGACUGCAGCAUUUGAUAUGUGUCCUCAAGAACUUGGCUUGAAUCGGAACAGGCUGAGAAGAAUAAAUAAAACCUUGCUCAACUUCUCCCUGCCCCCAUCUCUGCACACCUGUUUUCUCCUUUGUCCUUUAAGCACUUUUACUUAAACCUGCCUCUAGUUGCUUUUAUCACUGCUGCAAACCAACCAUGAAGAGCCAGCUGCUUUCCAGGUGAAUGUUGAAGAUGCAAAUCCUUGAAGCUUUUGUCAUUUCUGUUUAGAUUUUUUUUUUUUGUAUUAUGUAUAUAUGGAAAUAUAUGGAUACCUUUAAAUUCCAUAGACAUAACGGCGGAACACUACGUGACCUGGAGUUUGUGCUGAUUCUGCUCAGUCAGGGUUACCUGCUGUCGUCCAUGGACCCCUGCCUUGCAGUGACCUGAUUCCCACUUGGAGAAUUGCCCUCCCUUGUGCUAAUUACCCCUGCAAAUUGUGCAUGGGGAAGUACUCACGCAAUGUGAUCUUCUCACCAGUGCAGGCCUUGUGUGUCUAAAUGAAUGUGGGCAAAUUCACUUUUUUAAAAAGUGUGUCAGGCUUUUUUAGAGUCUAGUUUAUGGCAGAAACAGCCAUGCUCCAAGUGGGGGUUGGCUGCUACAUGACAUGAGGGUUUUGUGAUAUACUGCUAAUUCAGAUUUAUUCACUCAGAAAUGGGAGGAAAGAAACCCUCUGGGAAGAGGGGACUCUGCUUUAUCUCAAGGGUAAGUUUUGGAAAUGCCGAGAGGAGGGUGGAGGUUGCAAUUGGAAGGGAGCAGGGAGCACUCUGACAUUUCGCCAGCUGUGAGCACAGUGAGUCAGCUAGCUGUUCGAUUCUAACAAUUAAGAAGUCAGGUAAGGUGAAAGGAACAUGCUUAGUACUGUAACCUUGCAGAAGAGAUGCAGUGGUCUUUGUGUGAAGACACCACCUCAGCUUUAGUUAGUUGAAAAAUGACCGCAGCUGCCUGAUACCUUUUUGUUCCUUUCAACAAUUGUCCAAACAGGAUUGUUUGUGUAGGGAACAUAUCAGAUCAUAAAGUCAUCGUCAAUGCAGUGUACUUUAUUACUGGGUCUCUGAUGACUAUCCUGUAAUGCAGUUUGAUACCACUGACAUGUUAUACUUGUAAGAGCACAUCUUUCCCAGAGUGCCUCAGACCUUAUUGCUUUAAAAGAAUUAUGACAAUGUUUUCAUUACUUUUAUUAUUUUAAUGAUUUAGUAAAGUGACUGAAUCUGGUAGACUUUGGUGGGUGAUGUUUUUAACAGACUGUGCUAAUUGUGAAUGGACUGCCUUGCAAUAUGAAUAUUAAUGUAAUGUGUAAAGGGAGAUUAAAGAGUUGGACUGAUUA